AUGCCUGAGCAGAAGAGCCGUAGAGCGGCCUGGGAACAUUUUUACAAACGACAAGCAUUCAAACCCUCACUUUGUACAAGAAUUUGCUCGCUUCAUUUUGCCGAGGAGUCAUAUGAACCCUCGCAUUCUCCUCAAUUCCUCGAAAGCAUUGGAUACACAGAGAAAACGAGUUUGCGCGUAAAGCCCAAUGUUUACCAACGCUUGACAAGCCUACGACCAGCGCUAGCGUUUCUAACGUAUCUGCAUCGUCACAAUCGAAGAGAACAAGGAGACAAACCGAAAGGAGACAACGUCAAAAGAUACCA